GAUAAGUGUUGUUAUAUUUGAGGAUUAUCUAUACGACAGUUCAGUUUCCUGGCUACAUCAAUCAAAAUCAAAGAAUAGCGGGUGCGUCGAAAAAUGAAGAGAACGGAGUCACAAGAGAGUGUUUCAUUAAUGGAAGAACACUCUAUUUCGUUAGAAUCUUUGAUGGCCAAGUUAGGAAUUUCAGAGGACAAGCAUCUUCCAUUAUCAUCAGGCUGCUCUAUCUAUCGAGUGCCACCAAAACUUCGAAAAGAGAAUGAAGAAGCAUACACUCCUACCUUGAUUUCCAUUGGCCCAUUUCAUGGUAAAGUCCAAAGAUUGCAAUCAAUGCAUGAGCUUAAAUUAUUUUACCUCCAAAAAUUCCUCAGGAGAACUCAGAACAAUCUGUUACAUGAUUAUGUUGAAGCAUUGAGAGACCAGGAAGUUAAAAUUCGACACUGUUACUCAGAGACCAGUCACAUGGAAAGCGAUGAAUUCGUGAACAUGAUUAUCAUUGAUUCUUGCUUCAUCAUUGAGUUCUUUCUUUCGUUAACAGGUCCAUCAGAAGAAGAUCCUUUGGUCAAGAAUCCAUGGCCAACUGAGUAUAUAAAGCUAGACUUGCUUUUACUAGAAAACCAGUUGCCAUUUUUUGUUCUUGAGGACAUAUUCAAUCUAGCUCAUCCCAUUGGCUUCAAAAAAAUAAACUCAUUUGUUGAGCUUGCAUUCAAGUUUUUCAAGAAUAAUUUUCUGGGAGAUACAGUUCCAAGCAAGUCGCAUCUUAGCUUCAGCAAUUUUGAACAACACUGCCUCAACCGACCAACUAGAGCUGGUCGUCGUUUACAAGUCUAUCACUUGAAUGAUAUGCUAAGGAUGUUUUACUUGCUAGGUCAAUUACCCGGAAGAGAAUUUGACAAAUCUGUGAAGCCUAUAUGUAGUACAAGCCAACUACGCGAAGCAGGAAUUAAAUUCAAGGCUAGCAAACAAAAAAACAUAAGCAUAAUGAAGGUAGAAUUUUCAAAUGGAGUGCUGACAAUACCAUGCUUUCCGAUACAUGAUCGGACUGAGACUAUGAUCAGAAAUGUGAUUGCAUUUGAGCAGUGUCACCAUCCAUUUUCAAGCUGCGUGACUGAUUAUAUGAUUCUCUGGGAUCAUCUUGUUAACACUGAAAAAGAUGUUGAAAUGCUUGUUCAAAAGGGAAUCAUACAGAACUUUUUGAGUGACAACAAUGCAGUGGCUUCCAUGAUUAAUCGCCUCUGCAGAAAUGUUGUCUCAACAAGUUACAAUCGUGAGUAUAUCAUCGUCUUUAAGAAAUUGAACGAGUUUUAUAAUAACCCUUGUCACAAGUAUAAAGCAAACUUUAGGCAUGAUUACUUGUCGAGCCCCUGGAAGAUUGCUUCUUUUGUUGCUGCAAUUCUGCUACUUUUCCUCACUUUAAUUCAGACAAUAUGUUCUGUCAUUUCCUUAUUUCAGUAGUAGGUCUAAAGUUCUCGUACAACUUUCUAAUUAGUAAUUAAAUUCGUGGGAUUAUUCUUUUUUACUUUUAUAUAAACCAG